AAGCACUUUGUGAUACUGAGGUUUUCAUGAACGUAGAUCGAAUAACAAAAAUGGUGAGCUUUACUAAGAGAGUUGUCUUGUUUUCUUUGCUUUGUUUUAAUGCGUUUGUGGCGAACGUGGUUGGUAGAAAUGUGGUGAAUGCGGAGAAGAAUGAGGAUGGGAAGUACUUUUUGACUAAGGGAGGUGGGUUUGGCGCCGGAGGUGGGGGUGGUUUUGGUGGAGGUGGUGCAGGAGGAGGUUUUGGAGGAGGUGCUGGUGGUGCUGGAGGGCUUGGAGGUGGCGGAGGAGCUGGUGGAGGGCUUGGAGGUGGCGGUGGAGCUGGUGGUGGGAUUGGUAAGGGUGGAGGCCUUGGUGGGGGAAUAGGAAAAGGUGGUGGACUUGGUGGUGGCAUUGGAAAGGGAGGAGGCCUUGGAGGUGGUAUAGGAAAAGGUGGUGGACUUGGUGGUGGCAUUGGAAAGGGCGGGGGACUUGGUGGUGGAAUUGGCAAGGGUGGAGGCCUUGGUGGUGGAAUUGGUAAGAGUGGGGGACUCGGUGGCGGAAUCGGCAAGGGUGGAGGCCUUGGCGGUGGCAUUGGUAAGGGAGGAGGCCUUGGUGGUGGAAUAGGAAAAGGAGGUGGGCUAGGAGGUGGAAUUGGAAAGGGUGGUGGUAUUGGCGGCGGCUUUGGAAAAGGUGGUGGCAUUGGAGGCGGGAUUGGAAAAGGUGGUGGAUUUGGUGGAGGAAUUGGCAAGGGUGGUGGACAUGGCGGCGGCAUUGGGAAAGGAGGAGGCCUCGGUGGUGGCAUAGGAAAAGGAGGUGGACUUGGUGGAGGAAUCGAAAAGGGUGGAGGAAUUGGCGGUAGUGGUUUGGAAAAGGUGGCGGUGUUGGACUUGGCCCUGGUGGUGGUCGUGGAGGUGGUGGUGGAGGCAGAGGUGGAUUUGGAUGGGAUGCCGGAGGUGGAGUUGGUUUUGGUGGAGGAGUUGGUGGUGGUGGAAUUGGAGGACACCACUAAACUACAAGCUCACGUAGCAUGGAUGAAAUUGCCUCUACCAAUCCAAAAUGAGAACACAAAUUGA